AUGAUAGCCAUGGCUUUUGGUCAAGGAUGUGUUUUUCCAUUCCUUUUUCCAGCAACUGUUUUUAACGGUUUUUUAAAGCAGUGUAAUUUGAGGAGGGGGACAUGUACUGAGCAGGGGAGCUAUGGAGAAAGCUUUACUUGUACUUAUAAAGCUAGGUGUGAUAUUUGUCACUGUAGAUUGCAGUUAAGGAUACUGAAAUUUGUUAACUGUGUUAACUUCAAAUCUGAGAUUGAAACUGUAUGUCCUCUGCUACAGUUUUGGAACACUGAACAAGGUUUAGCAAUAUUUCUUGGAGUAUAG